AUGGAAUCGCCACUUCAAAGCAGGGAUUCUGAAGGGGAUGGUCGCUCUGAUAACAGGUGGAGUCUCUGGAAUCGGCUUCGCAAUUCGGACACAUUUCCGCAAACAUUGAGCCUCCGUCGCACUCUGCGUCGCCGCCGCAAGCAAAACCUAAGAUAUUGGACAUCAAAGCUGAGAGACAUCAUGAACAUGGAAGAAAGGAAGUGGGUGGUCCAAAUCAAGGAGGAGCUGAAGAGAAAUGGUAUCUCAUCAGUGCAUGAGAAGGAGCAAUGGAAGAGACAUUCCAUAUACAAGAUACCUUCACGAGUGACUGCAUUGAAUGAAAAGGCCUACAAACCUCAAGCGGUGUCAUUUGGUCCUUAUCACCAUGGUGAGAAGCAUUUGAAGGACAUGGAAGAUCACAAGCAUCGAGCUCUGCUUCAUUUUCUCAAAAGGUGCGAAAAGCCGAUCGAGCUUAUCUUCAAUUGCGUGGAUGAAGUGGCUGAAGAGUUGAGAGGGUCGUACAAUCCAGUGGAGCAGAUUUGGAUGCAGGACAGGGCAAGGUUCGUGCAAAUGAUGAUUGUUGAUGGGUGUUUCAUGUUGGAGAUUUUAAGAGUCAACAAUGAUGGUAUUGCGGAUGAGUAUGCUGAGAAUGAUCCUGUGUUUGGAGAACACGGGAAACUGAAUGUGAUGCCAUAUAUCAAACGCGACAUGCUUAUGCUCGAGAAUCAGCUUCCAUUCACGGUUCUUCGAAUAUUGAUUGAGGUUCAGAAUGGCAGAAACCAGGGAGAAGAGUUAGUGAUGAAAGAAAUAUUGAAGUUCUUCUCCCCAGGCACGCCCGAAACAAGAACCCUAGGCAAAUGCAUGCACGUGUUGGAUGUCUACAGAAAAAGCCUCAUACAUCAAGGACCUACUCACCGAACACGCGUCUCCACACCAAAACGCAGAAGAAGGCUGUGGCUGAGCGAGGAGGAGCACGGCAACGACGAGAUCAUCCGCUCCGCCACAGAGCUCCACGACGCCGGAAUCCGCUUCAGGAAAAGCCGCACCAACAGCCUCGGCGACGUCUCCUUCGGGGACGGCUUGCUUCGGCUCCCAACCCUAGUAGUGGACGACACCACCGAGUACAUGUUCCUCAACCUCAUCGCCUUCGAGCGCCUCCACGCCGAAGCAGGAAACGACGUCACCUCCUACAUAUUCUUCAUGGACACCAUCAUCGACAGCGAGAUGUACGUGGCGCUUCUCCAUCGGAAGGGGAUUCUCGUUAACGCUCUGGGCAGCGAUAAGGCCGUUGCGAAACUGUUCAACUCGCUUUCGAAGGACAUUGCUGUGGAUCGGCAAGGAGUGUUGGAUGUGGUGAGGAUGAGCCUGAGCAACUACUGCAAGAAACCCUGGAACAUUUGGCGCGCCAAUCUCAUCCAUACUUACUUCAGAAACCCUUGGGCUAUUGUCUCGCUUGUUGCUGCGGUUUUUCUCUUCGCUCUUACCAUUGUUCAGACGGUUUACACUAUUGCUCAGUAUUAUCAACCUCCAUCUCCUAACUCCUCCUCCUCCUUUCUCAAACCUUCUCCAAAGUCAUGGCAUCCCUGA